AUGGUUUUUGAACUUUACAUCCCUAAGAACCUUGAGUUCUGCGAUUACAUCGAGAUUGUCCAAUCAGCACGCACAUUUGCAGACGGCUAUGAUCGUAAAGAUGCCGAACGCUUGCGCGCUGUGCUAGCCGCGACCAUUGAGGUAGAUUAUCGUCUCGUCUCCACAACCAUACCUAUGAAGGUUUGUGGGCCCGAGGAACUUAUUGCCGAAUUCCUCUCACCCGAAUUGCUCGGCAACAAGAACCUUUUGACACAGCACCUACUGGGCCAGCCUUACUUCAAGUCUGUCUCAAAAGACGAGAUUGUGGUCGAGUGGCAACAGAUUGCUGGUCAUGGCCGAUGGAUGGAGGGUUCUCAUACGCUCAAGAAACAAGUCGAUAAGACAAGUGAUGGAAAGUCUUAUAUGGAGCAACGUUACAUUAAGGUAGACGGGUGUUGGAAAUUGGCUGGGCUCAAGCCUUCUUUGUUAUAUGAGAUCGGGGAGUUUAAUGAGGUUGUGGCUGAGAGGUCUACAUAG